AUGAAACUAUCACUUUUGAUGCUGGGAACUUUGCUUGGUUCGUGUGUCGUACUGGUACACGGUGGUGAGGACGAAAGUGAUACGGCGCUUACAGCACGGGAGUCUAACUACUACGAUAAUAUGUGGUAUCGGUUUUGGACGUUUCCGGUUACGAUGGCCAUAAAGGCAAAGGUGAUAGCGUGGGUUUUGUUCAUUACAUACUUCAGCACGAUCAUGCAAGCGAUCGUUUAUCAGCGCUCUGAACCACAACUCCCUGAGAUCUAUUCUGUCCCGGCUCACACCGAUUGGGGGCACUCGUCUUUUACAAGCUGGGGUUGA